AUAUUUUUGACCUAGAGAGACACAUAGAGAAGGUACACGGUUAUAAUAUUCCCAGAACCUCAAUAAUUAGCUGCUCUGCUCACGAAACAUGGCAGAGAAGGGCAUGAAGUCGCCCGCCGUUCUGGGCGGUAUAGCCUUAGCCGCUGUCGUUGCCAUAACAACCGUGUACUACCUGACAGCCAGCAGCGACCCGUUGCCCGCUAUUGAUUCAAAUAAGAGAAAGGAUUCAAAUAAGCGAAAAGAAGGUGUCAAGACUGAUGGCACUGCAGCUGCACCUGUAGACACAGAUCUGAAGAGUGCCGCGAGCAAGGAUGCGCAAGCGCCUGCGCCUUCCAAAGCCGAGAGUCCCAAGGAGACUGCCAAUCGGGUCAAGAACGAGGGCAAUUUAUUGUUUAAAGAAGCCAAGUACAACGAGGCCGUGAGCAAGUACACAGAAGCACUGGAUCUCAAUCCCGAUCCCGAAGAUCGGUCCAAGUACUAUGCAAACCGCGCCGCUUGCUAUGCCAAGCUCAAGAACUACGAGCAGGUUAUCAGCGACUGUACGGAUGCGCUGGAACUGGACCCGCGAUAUGUGAAGGCCUUGCAAAGGAGGGCACAGGCGUUCGAGAUCACUGGAGAAUUGGAGAAGGCCGUCAAGGACUACACACUGGCUGUUUCACUCAACCCACAACAGCAAAAUGCCCAAGCACACAAUGUCAUUGAAGAGCUUUUACAACAGAUCGCUCUCAAGAAAGCCAAGGCGAAGAUGGAGGAGAAGAAGGGAAUGUUCCCGUCGGCCAGCAUUGUAAAGACAUACCUCAACACCUUUACCCAGCCAGAGAUCGCAAAGACUUUGAGCGAACUAGAAGCCGCGACGCAAGAGAAUGCAACAACAGAGGAGUAUUUUAUUCUGGGAGUCAAGUACGUCCAGGAUAGCCAGUACAGGAAAGGUCUACAGAUGUUCAAAAAGGCUAUCUCAUCAGACGAUAAGUGCGCCAAGGCAUACAUUGAGGAGGGCAUGCUGCUGCACCUCUCCGGAGACAUUCCCAACGCGCUUGUGUCCUUCGAGAAAGGGAUCGCGCUCGAACCCGAAUCUGCCCAGUCGUAUGUGAAGUGGGCAAAUGCACUGUACUUCAACCAGGAGGUGGAAAAGGCCAACGAAAUGCUCGAGAAGGCUAUCCGUAUAGCCCCCACCGACACGGUAGGCUACUUCCAUGCCGGCCAGGCUGCAGCUCAGCAGAAUAUGCACCACAAGGCUGUCCAGUACUACGAUAAGGUUAUCGAAUUAGACGGCAAACACUACGAUGCUUUCAACAACAAAGGUCUCGCGCUUAUGGGCAUGGGUCAACCCGAGGUUGUGUCUGAGGCGAUCAAGGCCUUUAAGAAGGCCAUUAAAAUUCGUCCUGAGGCCCAUGAAGCAUAUAAUAGUUACGGUUUACUGCUAAGAGUGUUGGAGAAGGAUUGUUGUAAUCUGGGUCUCCCGUAG